CAGAGGGCAGCAAACGAUGCGAUCGCGCGACCCUGCCCGUAAGCAAUCUCCCAACUCAUCUCUGGUAGAGAUGAGUGUAGGAUCCCUGAGUUAGGUCGCUGUUGUAAGUAAAUGCGUUAGCCGCCUGCAUUCUCCACCAAGAGCAGUACACAGCGCAGCACGUGAUCAUGCGUACGAGCAAUCUCCCAUCUCGUCUCUGUACGCACUCUAUCUUCAAUGGUCACCUCAUGUCGUAUGAAAUUGUAUGAAAUCCACCUAAAUAAGCAUGCUGACAAGUUGUCUAGUCUGGAGUUGAAAUCAGUAUUGACUAUUACGAUUGAUGCAACAAUCAGUGAUAAUGCUACGUGUCUCCAAGUCCCAAAAACCGAGAGCUCGACCGAUAGCCGAAUUUCGCAAUUAACAAUGGAGACGGAUAUAUAACGGAUCUACUAGCUUUCUAUUUCUUUGUCUCGUGAUAAAGUAUGGUACUUAAGAGGCCGAUAAGUUCUGGAAGGAAGCUAAGGUGAUUAUAUGCUCAGCGAAUACACCGGACAGUGGCACCACUGCCUCCAUACCAAAUUAGUUAUCUUAUAUUUAUAUUUGCUGUGAAUAUGGAAGCUACGGAAGUGGACUUGGACGAUCCAAGAUUUCGGAUCAGGCCUUACCAACAGAUGAUAGCUUCUUGUACGGGUGCUUUGAUCACGUCGAUCUUUGUUACCCCUUUAGAUGUUGUCAAGAUUCGAUUGCAGACUCAGCAGAAGGCUCUGCUAUCCAAUAAAUGCUUCCUUUAUUGCAACGGACUUAUGGACCAUUUGUGUCCCUGUCCCGAUGGCCGAAUACCUGAAUGGAUACGAGCUAGCGGAAAAUUUAAUGGAACACUGGAUGCUCUAGUUAAAAUAGGGAAAAGAGAGGGCAUACUUUCCCUGUGGAGCGGAUUAAGUCCUACUCUUGUUUUAGCAGUACCUGCAACGAUAGUUUACUUUGUAUCAUACGAGCAACUGAGGCUACACUUUAAGGAUUCAUAUAAUUCAAAAAUUCUCAAGACAAAAGAUAACAAAGACCAGCCAUUUUGGAUUCCAAUGUUAGCAGGUGGAAUUGCGAGAAUUUGGGCAGCUACAUUAGUGAGCCCCUUAGAGUUAAUUAGAACAAAAAUGCAGUCUCAGAGACUGAGUUACGCAGAAAUAGGAGUCGCUCUGAAAACCGUUGUGAAACACAGCGGAAUAUCAGGAUUGUGGAUGGGUUUGUCCUCGACUCUUCUUCGUGAUGUUCCGUUCAGUGCAAUAUAUUGGCUAAACUAUGAGACGAUCAAGCAAGUAUUCCGCAACUCCCAACAGAACUUCUCCUUCAAUUUCAUCGCUGGAGCUGUAGCAGGAUCUAUAGCUGCGAUCGUUACCAUUCCGUUUGACGUUGUUAAGACACAUAAGCAGAUCGAAAUGGGAGAAAAGGAGAUUUACUCAGACCGACCUGGACGCAGCAGCGGCACGUGGGCGAUAAUACGAAGAAUCUACGACCAACAUGGAGUUCGAGGCUUAUUUACCGGACUGACUCCUAGACUAGUUAAAGUGGCUCCGGCGUGUGCGAUCAUGAUCGCGACUUUCGAACACGGGAAGCGCUUUUUCCAGUCGUACAACGCGAGCCGAAUGCUCGAGCUCGACGGUGACGUUCACUUUCUAAAACACAAGCGCACCACGUAGCCUAAUUCGGAGGACCUUUUGACCCUGUACAUAAUGUAUCCCGGUUGAAUAGAUUUAUUUCGAAAAUCGAA